UUGUUGGCCUUGCCCGAUUCUGUUGCCUAAACCGUUGGGUCGGACGCCUCCCCGUUGAUUCCUUCCCCGAAGUGGCAGCACAGCGCGCCACCAACGCCCUCGCGCGCGCAUGGUGAUGGUCCCCUCCGAUCCCUCCCUCCGUCCGCGCGCUCCCUAUAAAACGCGGGCGCCGCUCGCCACCCUCCCUCCCACCUCACACGCCGAUCAGUACCUGUGUCGCUGCCGCCGCGUACUGUGUGUGCCACCUGUCUACUAGCUUGUCUUGUCGAUCUCCGGCCGUCUCCCUCACACUCACAGGCCGUGAACCUUUUGCCGCUUGCCGGCGCGCGCAUGGCGCUGGAGGCCGUGGUGUUCGCGCAAGGCCACUUCGGCUACGGCCAGGCUCCGGGGCUCGGGCCCUGGUGCGACAUGGUAGGCGCCGGCGGGUUCCUGGAAGACUGCUGGGAUCAGCAGCUUUUGGCCGCCCCCGUGGCGCCCAAUGCGGAGGAUCAGUGGGAGCCGGUCUCCAGCUGGGACCAGUCUGAGGCGUCCUCCGAGGGCAAGGCGGCGGCGCCGGAGCCGGCCAUGGCAGCGGCGGCGACGGGGAGGAGGAAGCGGAGGCGCACCAAGAUCGUCAAGAACAAGGAGGAGGUGGAGAGCCAGCGGAGGACCCACAUUGCGGUCGAGCGCAACCGCCGCCGCCAGAUGAACGAGUACCUCGCUGCGCUCCGCUCACUCAUGCCACAAUCCUACGCUCAAAGGGGCGACCAAGCAUCCAUAGUUGGAGGGGCAAUCAACUACGUGAAGGAGCUGGAGCAGCUCCUCCAAUCGCUCGAAGUCCAAAAAAGCGUCAAGAAUCGCACCGGCCGAUCCCCUUUCGCCAGCUCCUUCACCCUCCCACAGUACUCCACCUCG